AUGGCAACUGGUAGAGCUAAAAAACCCUGUAUUAAAUGUGAUAAAGGUGCAGGCAUUAUUAUAUGUGGUGGAUGCGAAGAAUGGUUCUGUACCAAACACUUCACAGAACAUCGACAGGAUCUUGGUGAAAAGAUGGAUCAUAUCGGUCAACAACAUGAUUUCUUCCAGAAAAAGUUAACUGAAACUAAUGUUAUACAUCCACUUCACUCACGCAUUAAUGAUUGGGAGAAUGCAUCAAUUAAGAAGAUUCAAGAAGUGGCAAAAAAAGCUAGAACUGAUCUAGAAAAAUAUUUAAAUAAAACGAAAACUGAAUUAAGAGAAUCGCUCGGCAAAAUAAAGAAUGAAUUAGCAUCAAGUCGUCAAUCGGAUGAUUAUACCGAAAUUGAAUUGAGAGAAUGGACUGACGAGCUAAACAAACUUCAACAACUGCUUGAGAAACCAUCGACCAUUGAUAUUGUUGAAGAUAACCAAUCGCAGCCACUCAUUCGUGUUGUUCAACAGAAAAAAAAACAAGAAUUUGCCGAGCCUGGUGCUUACGAGCCACUGCCUCAGAAUUAUUCAUGUCUCAUGUGA